AUGAUGAAAAACACAGUGGUUUCAGGAAGGAGAAAGGUGCUGAUUGGCCAUCGAGGAGCUGGAUCAGACGAGUAUCACGGCUUCAAGAAGCAGCUGAAGGAGAACACGGUCUCCUCCUUCAACUCGGUGAUCAAAUAUCAGGUUGAUGCCGUUGAAUUUGACAUUCAUUUUUAUCCAAAAGAGGACGCACUAGUCGUCUCCCACGACCAAGUCGCAUUCAGCAGUGCUCUUCUCACUCUUCAAGACGUCUUUGAUCAGACAAAUCAGCUCAUUCAGUUCAUUCAGUUCAAUAUUGAACUAAAGGAAAAUGAGUCAUUUUCAAUGGAUGAAAACAGGCGAUUUGUUGAGAAGGUGCUUUCAGUUGCGUCAAACUACACCAGAAACUGCAUCUUCAGCUCAUUUGAUCACAAUUUGGUCGACUUAUUGAUCAGUUCUGGGGCCACAGCCUACUUCAUCUUUGAUUCACUGACUGAUUUCAAUAAUUACGCCCUAAAAUACAACAAAAUUGUAUUUGAUUGCAAGUUAUUUGAUCAGUUGAAGGAGAAAUUGACUCAUUUUGAGAGUGUCUUUCUCUAUGGAAAUGAUACGAACGUAUCCGAAAGGGCAUUUGAGUAUUUUAAGGUGGUUGAUGGGCUGAUUGUCGAUGACGUGGAUGCCCUCCAAAGUGUGAUCAAUACUUGA